CCCUUCCCACUGGCAGAAUCCAGAGCGAAGUCUCUGCUUCCUGCUGCGGGAAUCGGACGCCCCAGGUCAGGCACCCAGGGUUUCCAGCCCCAGUCUAAGGUAGGGUCCGAGCGCAGGCAGAACUUGCCCUGGCCCUGGGUCUAGGGCGCUGGGCUCUGAGGCUGAGAGCUGGGUGGGAAGUGCCUGGCGGGGCCGGUUAGGAACCACCCGAGACUCAGCUUGGGGUGCAUCCACCCUGCUCCUCCCGGCGGCUCCGGGAAGGGGAGGGAGUGUAUACUGCGUGAAAGGGGAGAUGAGAAAGGAGGAGGAGAAGGCUGAAGGAGAGGGAGGGACAGGAAGAGAGACCACGUAAGAAUCAUCCCCUCUUAACUUCCUUGCCCUGUGUGCCCAUCGAAAGGGGACAGUGGCUGUCACCAACAAAUGGUAGUAUGAGAACCGUUUGUAAUAAUAGAAACCCAGACUGUGCUUAAAUGUGCUAGACUACCAUACAGCCACUUGAAGAGUGAGGUGGAGGCCGGGCGCGGUGGUUCACGCCUGUAAUCCCAGCACUUUGGGAGGCGGAGGUUGGGGAUCACCUGAGGUCAGGAGUUUGAGACCAGCCUGACCAACAUGGUGAAAACCCUCUCUACUGAAAAUACAAAAAAAUUAGCCAGGCAUGGUGGUGGGCGCCUGUAAUCCCAGUUACUCGGAAGGCUAAGGCAGGAGAAUCGCUUGAACUCGGCAGGCAGAGAUUGCAGUGAGCUGAACAACAGAGCCAGACUCCGCCUCAAAAAAAAAAGGAAAGAGUGAGGCGUAUACAAGCUGAGUUUCAGCCAUGGAAAAACUCCAUGGGCAUGUGUCUGCCCAUCCAGACAUCCUCUCCUUGGAGAACCGGUGCCUGGCUAUGCUCCCUGACUUACAGCCCUUGGAGAAACUACAUCAGCAUGUAUCUACCCACUCAGAUAUCCUCUCCUUGAAGAACCAGUGCCUAGCCACGCUUCCUGACCUGAAGACCAUGGAAAAACCACAUGGAUACGUGUCUGCCCACCCAGACAUCCUCUCCCUGGAGAACCGGUGCCUGGCCACACUUUCUGACCUGAAGACCAUGGAGAAACCACAUGGACAUGUUUCUGCCCACCCAGACAUCCUCUCCUUGGAGAACCGGUGCCUGGCCACCCUCCCUAGUCUAAAGAGCACUGUGUCUGCCAGCCCCUUGUUCCAGAGUCUACAGAUAUCUCACAUGACGCAAGCUGAUUUGUACCGUGUGAACAACAGCAAUUGCCUGCUCUCUGAGCCUCCAAGUUGGAGGGCUCAGCAUUUCUCUAAGGGACUAGACCUUUCAACCUGCCCUAUAGCCCUGAAAUCCAUCUCUGCCACAGAGACAGCUCAGGAAGCAACCUUGGGUCGUUGGUUUGAUUCAGAAGAGAAGAAAGGGGCAGAGACCCAAAUGCCUUCUUAUAGUCUGAGCUUGGGAGAGGAGGAGGAGGUGGAGGAUCUGGCUGUGAAGCUCACCUCUGGAGACUCUGAAUCUCAUCCAGAGCCUACUGACCACGUCCUUCAGGAAAAGAAGAUGGCUCUACUGAGCUUGCUGUGCUCUACUCUGGUCUCAGAAGUAAACAUGAACAAUACAUCUGACCCCACCCUGGCUGCCAUUUUUGAAAUCUGUUGUGAACUUGCCCUCCUGGAGCCUGAGUUUAUCCUCAAGGCAUCUUUGUAUGCCAGGCAGCAGCUGAACGUCCGGAAUGUGGCCAAUAAAAUCUUGGCCAUUGCUGCCUUCUUGCCGGCGUGUCGCCCCCACCUGCGACGAUAUUUCUGUGCCAUUGUCCAGCUGCCUUCUGACUGGAUCCAGGUGGCUGAGCUUUACCAGAGCCUGGCUGAGGGAGAUAAGAAUAAGCUGGUGCCCCUGCCCGCCUGUCUCCGUACUGCCAUGACGGACAAAUUUGCCCAGUUUGACGAGUACCAGCUGGCUAAGUACAACCCUCGGAAGCACCGGGCCAAGAGACACCCCCGCCGGCCACCCCGCUCUCCAAGGAUGGAGCCUCCAUUUUCUCACAGACAUUUUCCAAGGUACAUAGGGUUUCUUAGAGAAGAGCAGAGAAAGUUUGAGAAGGCCGGUGAUACAGUGUCAGAGAAAAAGAAUCCUCCAAGGUUCACCCUGAAGAAGCUGGUUCAGCGACUGCACAUCCACAAGCCUGCCCAGCACGUUCAAGCCCUGCUGGGUUACAGAUACCCCUCCAACCUACAGCUCUUUUCUCGAAGUCGCCUUCCUGGGCCUUGGGAUUCUAGCAGAGCUGGGAAGAGGAUGAAGCUGUCUAGGCCAGAGACCUGGGAGCGGGAGCUGAGCCUACGGGGGAACAAAGCGUCGGUCUGGGAGGAACUCAUUGAAAAUGGGAAGCUUCCCUUCAUGGCCAUGCUUCGGAACCUGUGCAACCUGCUGCGGGUUGGAAUCAGUUCCCGCCACCAUGAGCUCAUUCUCCAGAGACUCCAGCAUGCGAAGUCGGUGAUCCACAGUCGGCAGUUUCCAUUCAGAUUUCUUAACGCCCAUGAUGCCAUUGAUGCCCUCGAGGCUCAACUCAGAAAUCAAGCAUUGCCCUUUCCUUCGAAUAUAACACUGAUGAGGCGGAUACUAACUAGAAAUGAAAAGAACCGUCCCAGGCGGAGGUUUCUUUGCCACCUAAGCCGUCAGCAGCUUCGGAUGGCAAUGAGGAUACCUGUGUUGUAUGAGCAGCUCAAGAGGGAGAAGCUGAGAGUACAUAAGGCCAGACAGUGGAAAUAUGAUGGUGAGAUGCUGAACAGGUACCGACAGGCCCUAGAGACAGCUGUGAACCUCUCUGUGAAGCACAGCCUGCCCCUGCUGCCAGGCCGCACUGUCUUGGUCUAUCUGACAGAUGCUAAUGCAGACAGGCUCUGUCCAAAGAGCAACCCACAAGGGCCCCCGCUGAACUAUGCGCUGCUGUUGAUUGGGAUGAUGAUCACGAGGGCGGAGCAGGUGGAUGUCGUGCUGUGUGGAGGUGACACUCUGAAGACUGCAGUGCUUAAGGCAGAAGAAGGCAUCCUGAAGACUGCCAUCAAGCUCCAGGCUCAAGUCCAGGAGUUUGAUGAAAAUGAUGGAUGGUCCCUGAAUACUUUUGGGAAAUACCUGCUGUCUCUGGCUGGCCAAAGGGUUCCUGUGGACAGGGUCAUCCUCCUUGGCCAAAGCAUGGAUGAUGGAAUGAUAAAUGUGGCCAAACAGCUUUACUGGCAGCGUGUGAAUUCCAAGUGCCUCUUUGUUGGUAUCCUCCUAAGAAGGGUACAAUACCUGUCAACAGAUUUGAAUCCCAAUGAUGUGACACUCUCAGGCUGUACUGAUGCGAUACUGAAGUUCAUUGCAGAGCAUGGGGCCUCCCAUCUUCUGGAACAUGUGGGCCAAAUGGACAAAAUAUUCAAGAUUCCACCACCCCCAGGAAAGACAGGGGUCCAGUCUCUCCGGCCACUGGAAGAGGACACUCCAAGCCCCUUGGCUCCUAUUUCCCAGCAAGGAUGGCGCAGCAUCCGGCUUUUCAUUUCAUCCACUUUCCGAGACAUGCACGGGGAGCGGGACCUGCUGCUGAGGUCUGUGCUGCCAGCACUGCAGGCCCGAGCGGCCCCUCACCGUAUCAGCCUUCACGGAAUCGACCUCCGCUGGGGCGUCACUGAGGAGGAGACCCGCAGGAACAGACAACUGGAAGUGUGCCUUGGGGAGGUGGAGAACGCACAGCUGUUUGUGGGGAUUCUGGGCUCCCGUUAUGGAUACAUUCCCCCCAGCUACAACCUUCCUGACCAUCCACACUUCCACUGGGCCCAGCAGUACCCUUCAGGGCGCUCUGUGACAGAGAUGGAGGUGAUGCAGUUCCUGAACCGGAACCAACGUCUGCAGCCCUCUGCCCAAGCUCUCAUCUACUUCCGGGAUUCCAGCUUCCUCAGCUCUGUGCCAGAUGCCUGGAAAUCUGACUUUGUUUCUGAGUCUGAAGAGGCCGCAUGUCGGAUCUCAGAACUGAAGAGCUACCUAAGCAGACAGAAAGGGAUCACCUGCCGCAGAUACCCCUGUGAGUGGGGGGGUGUGGCAGCUGGCCGGCCCUAUGUUAGUGGGCUGGAGGAGUUUGGGCAGUUGGUUCUGCAGGAUGUAUGGAAUAUGAUCCAGAAGCUCUACCUGCAGCCUGGGGCCCUGCUGGAGCAGCCAGUGUCCAUCCCAGAUGAUGACUUGGUCCAGGCCACCUUCCAGCAGCUGCAGAAGCCACCGAGUCCUGCCCGGCCACGCCUUUUUCAGGACACAGUGCAACAGCUGAUGCUGCACCACGGGAGGCUAAGCCUGGUGACGGGGCAGUCAGGACAGGGCAAGACAGCCUUCCUGGCAUCUCUUGUGUCAGCCCUGCAGGCUCCUGAUGGGGCCAAGGUGGCACCAUUAGUCUUCUUCCACUUUUCUGGGGCUCGUCCUGACCAGGGUCUUGCCCUCACUCUGCUCAGACGCCUCUGUACCUAUCUGCGUGGCCAACUAAAAGAGCCAGGUGCCCUCCCCAGCACCUACCGAAGCCUGGUGUGGGAGCUGCAGCAGAGGCUGCUGCCCAAGUCUGCUGAGUCCCUGCAUCCUGGCCAGACCCAGGUCCUGAUCAUCGAUGGGGCUGAUAGGUUAGUGGACCAGAAUGGGCAGCUGAUUUCAGACUGGAUCCCAAAGAAGCUUCCCCGGUGUGUACACCUGGUGCUGAGUGUGUCUAGUGAUGCAGGCCUAGGGGAGACCCUUGAGCAGAGCCAGGGUGCCCACGUGGUGGCCUUGGGGCCUCUGGAGGCCUCUGCUCGGGCCCGGCUGGUGAGAGAGGAGCUGGCCCUGUACGGGAAGCGGCUGGAGGAGUCACCAUUUAACAACCAGAUGCGACUGCUGCUGGUGAAGCGGGAAUCAGGCCGGCCGCUCUACCUGCGCUUGGUCACCGAUCACCUGAGGCUCUUCACGCUGUAUGAGCAGGUGUCUGAGAGACUCCGGACCCUGCCUGCCACUGUCCCCCUGCUGCUGCAGCACAUCCUGAGCACACUGGAGAAGGAGCAUGGGCCUGAUGUCCUUCCCCAGGCCUUGACUGCCCUAGAGGUCACACGGAGUGGUUUGACUGUGGACCAGCUGCAUGGAGUGCUGAGUGUGUGGCGGACGCUACCGAAGGGGACUAAGAGCUGGGAAGAAGCAGUGGCUGCUGGUAACAGUGGAGACCCCUACCCCAUGGGCCCGUUUGCCUACCUCGUCCAGAGUCUGCGCAGUUUGCUAGGGGAGGGCCCUCUGGAGCGCCCUGGUGCCCGGCUGUGCCUCCCUGAUGGGCCCCUGAGAACAGCAGCUAAACGUCGCUAUGGGAAGAGGCCAGGGCUAGAGGACACGGCACACAUCCUCAUUGCAGCUCAGCUCUGGAAGACAUGUGACGCUGAUGCCUCAGGCACCUUCCGAAGUUGCCCUCCUGAGGCUCUGGGAGACCUGCCUUACCACCUGCUCCAGAGCGGGAACCGUGGACUUCUUUCGAAGUUUCUUACCAACCUCCAUGUGGUGGCUGCACACUUGGAAUUGGGUCUGGUCUCUCGGCUCUUGGAGGCCCAUGCCCUCUAUGCUUCUUCAGUCCCCAAAGAGGAACAAAAGCUCCCCGAGGCUGAUGUUGCAGUGUUUCGCACCUUCCUGAGGCAGCAGGCUUCAAUCCUCAGCCAGUACCCCCGGCUCCUGCCCCAGCAGGCAGCCAACCAGCCCCUGGACUCACCUCUUUGCCACCAAGCCCCGCUGCUCUCCCAGAGAUGGCACCUCCAACACACACUACGAUGGCUUAAUAAACCCCGGACCAUGAAAAAUCAGCAAAGCUCCAGCCUGUCUCUGGCAGUUUCCUCAUCCCCUACUGCUGUGGCCUUCUCCACCAAUGGGCAAAGAGCAGCUGUGGGCACUGCCAAUGGGACAGUUUACCUGUUGGACCUGAGAACUUGGCAGGAGGAGAAGUCUGUGGUGAGUGGCUGUGAUGGAAUCUCUGCUUGUUUGUUCCUCUCCGAUGAUACACUCUUUCUUACUGCCUUCGACGGGCUCUUGGAGCUCUGGGACCUGCAGCAUGGUUGUCGGGUGCUGCAGACUAAGGCUCACCAGUACCAAAUCACUGGCUGCUGCCUGAGCCCAGACUGCCGGCUGCUAGCCACGGUGUGCUUGGGAGGAUGCCUAAAGCUGUGGGACACAGUCCGUGGGCAGCUGGCCUUCCAGCACACCUACCCCAAGUCCCUGAACUGUGUUGCCUUCCACCCAGAGGGGCAGGUAAUAGCCACAGGCAGCUGGGCUGGCAGUAUCAGCUUCUUCCAGGUGGAUGGGCUCAAAGUCACCAAGGACCUGGGGGCACCCGGAGCCUCUAUCCGUACCUUGGCCUUCAAUGUGCCUGGGGGGGUUGUGGCUGUGGGCCGGCUGGACAGUAUGGUGGAGCUGUGGGCCUGGCGAGAAGGGGCACGGCUGGCUGCCUUCCCUGCCCACCAUGGCUUUGUUGCUGCUGCGCUUUUCCUGCAUGCGGGUUGCCAGUUACUGACGGCUGGAGAGGAUGGCAAGGUUCAGGUGUGGUCAGGGUCUCUGGGUCGGCCCCGUGGGCACCUGGGUUCCCUUUCUCUCUCUCCUGCCCUGUCUGUGGCACUCAGCCCAGAUGGUGAUCGGGUGGCUGUUGGGUAUCGAGCGGAUGGCAUUAGGAUCUACAAAAUCUCUUCAGGUUCCCAGGGAGCUCAGGGUCAGGCACUGGAUGUGGCAGUGUCCGCCCUGGCCUGGCUAAGCCCCAAGGUGUUGGUGAGUGGUGCAGAAGAUGGGUCCUUGCAGGGCUGGGCACUCAAGGAAUGCUCCCUUCAGUCCCUCUGGCUCCUGUCCAGAUUCCAGAAGCCUGUGCUAGGACUGGCCACUUCCCAGGAGCUCUUGGCUUCUGCCUCAGAGGAUUUCACAGUGCAGCUGUGGCCAAGGCAGCUGCUGACGCGGCCACACAAGGCAGAAGACUUUCCCUGUGGCACUGAGCUGCGGGGACAUGAGGGCCCUGUGAGCUGCUGUAGUUUCAGCACUGAUGGAGGCAGCCUGGCCACCGGGGGCCGGGAUCGGAGUCUCCUCUGCUGGGACGUGAGGACACCCAAAACCCCUGUUUUGAUCCACUCCUUCCCUGCCUGUCACCGUGACUGGGUCACUGGCUGUGCCUGGACCAAAGAUAACCUACUGAUAAUCCUGCUCCAGUGAUGGCUCUGUGGGGCUCUGGGACCCAGAGUCGGGACAGCGGCUUGGUCAGUUCCUGGGUCAUCAGAGUGCUGUGAGCGCUGUGGCAGCUGUGGAGGAGCACGUGGUGUCUGUGAGCCGGGAUGGGACCUUGAAAGUGUGGGACCAUCAAGGCGUGGAGCUGACCAGCAUCCCUGCUCACUCAGGACCCAUUAGCCACUGUGCAGCUGCCAUGGAGCCCCGUGCAG